AGGGGGGAAAAAAAGAGUAGGGAAGAAAACAAGUGGGGAAAAAAAGAGCGGGGAAGGAAACAAUCUCUCCUCCCCCCCGGCUGCAUCUAAUACAGCAGAGUCUGAAACUUUAUGGAGUUGUCGCUGUGUUUAGCCCGCGGCGGGUGAAUCGGCAGCGCCCUGCGCUCUCGCUCCUGCUCCCUCGCGCUCGGCGGCAGUCAGCAGCGAUGGAAAAAGUUGCUGGCUGGUACCCAGCCCGGCACGCCGCUCUCCUGUACUGGACAUGGCUUUUCCUCUUCACUUUUGGCUUUACCGGUGCAGAAAUAACUUGCAGAUCCUGCCAUUCCCAGGUGAAGCCGCAGCAGCAGCAGCCGCAGCAGGGAUUAUUAAUGCAUUUGAGGACCGACAGAGGAGAAAAGGAGCAGAGGAGGUCCUCCGGGGAGAAGGGAGGUGAGAGAGGGCGACGGGCCGAGGAUGCCGGGCUGCGAGCGACCCUCGCCUCCGCAAGGACGGAAUUCAGCGCUCGGGAGACGCGGCGGUGGAGGAGGGAGCCCGGUGCCGAGGAGCCCCCGCGGCGGUGGAGGAGGGAGCCCGGUGCCGAGGAGCCCCCGCGGCGGUGGAGGAGGGAGCCCGGUGCCGAGGAGCCCUCGCGGCGGUGGAGGACGGAGCCCGGUGCCGAGGAGCCCCCGCGGCGGUGGAGGACGGAGCCCGGUGCCGAGGAGCCCCCGCGGGGCUCGGAGCGGCGGCGGCGCGCGGCGGGGCGGGAGCCGGGGGGCAGCGGCGCCGCCCGCUUCGGGCUGGAGGAGCUGCGGCUGGGCAGCACCACCUUCGCCCUCGCCGGGGACUCGGCGCACAACCAAGCCAUGGUGCACUGGUCGGGGCACAACAGCAGCGUGAUUCUAAUUCUGACAAAGCUGUAUGACUACAACCUGGGAAGCAUCACAGAAAGCUCUCUUUGGAGGUCAACAGAUUAUGGGACAACGUAUGAGAAACUUAAUGAUAAAGUGGGCCUGAAGACUAUUUUGAGCUACUUGUAUGUUUGUCCAACAAACAAACGUAAGAUUAUGCUGCUGACUGAUCCGGAAGUUGAGAGCAGCUUAUUAAUCAGUUCUGAUGAAGGGGCUACUUAUCAAAAAUAUCGUCUGAACUUCUACAUCCACAGUCUGCUUUUCCACCCCAAGCAGGAAGACUGGAUCUUAGCAUACAGCCAAGAUCAAAAGCUAUUCAGUUCCGUGGAGUUUGGCAGAAGAUGGCUGCUUCUUCACGAGGGAGUUGCACCAAACAGGUUCUACUGGUCUAUGAUGGGGUCCGGCAGAGAGCCUGAUCUCGUGCACCUAGAGGCAAAGACAGUGGAUGGUCAUGCCCAAUACAUCACCUGCAAGAUGCAGAACUGCAGUGAAGCAGCUCGCAGCAAACCCUUUCCAGGCUAUAUUGACCAUAACUCCCUGAUUGUCCAGGAUGAUUACGUCUUUGUUCAGUUGACGUCAGGAGGAAGACCACAUUAUUACGUUUCAUAUAGGAGGAAUGCAUUUACCCCGAUGAAGCUACCAAAGUACUCCUUGCCCAAGGACAUGCAUGUUAUCAGCACAGAUGAGAAUCAGGUGUUUGCAGCUGUUCAAGAGUGGAACCAGAAUGACACGUACAAUCUGUAUAUCUCCGACACCCGAGGGGUUUACUUCACCCUGGCCUUGGAAGAUGUCAAAAGUAGUCAAGGGCUGGAGGGGAACGUGAUGAUUGACCUCUAUGAGGUAGCAGGGAUAAAGGGGAUGUUCUUGGCCAACAAGAAGAUUGACAACCAAGUGAAAACUUUCAUCACCUACAAUAAAGGGAGAGACUGGAAUUUGUUGCAGGCUCCGGACACUGAUCUGAGAGGAAACCCCAUUCGCUGUCUCCUACCUUAUUGCUCCCUUCAUCUUCAUCUGAAGGUCUCGGAGAAUCCCUAUACCUCAGGAAACAUCGCCAGCCGAGACACUGCCCCCAGUAUUAUUGUAGCUUCAGGUAAUAUAGGCACUGAACUAUCAGACAAUGACAUCAGCAUGUUUAUUUCUUCUGAUGCUGGGAACACUUGGAGACAGAUUUUUGAGGAAGAACACAGUGUUCUGUACCUGGAUAAAGGUGGAGUACUGGUUGCCAUGAAACACACAUCUCUGCCUAUUAGACAUCUCUGGUUAAGUUUUGACGAAGGGAGAUCUUGGAGCAAGUACAGUUUCACAUCUCUCCCACUGUUUGUAGAUGGAGUUUUAGGGGAACCAGGAGAGGAAACUCUAAUCAUGACAGUGUUUGGACAUUUCAGCCACCGCUCGGAGUGGCAGCUGGUGAAAGUAGACUACAAGUCCAUUUUUGAUCGGAGGUGUGCAGAAGAGGACUAUAGGCCUUGGCAACUCCAUAGGCAGGGAGAAGCUUGCAUCAUGGGAGCAAAGAGGAUCUACAAGAAGCGCAAAUCAGAGAAGAAAUGCAUGCAAGGAAAAUAUGCUGGGGCCAUGACCUCGGAGCCAUGCGCGUGCACAGAGGCAGACUUUGACUGUGAUUAUGGAUAUGAACGUCACAGCAAUGGGCAGUGUUUACCAGCUUUCUGGUAUAACCCAUCUUCCUUGUCAAAGGACUGUAGCCUUGGACAGAGUUAUCUCAACAGCACUGGGUACCGGAAAGUUGUUUCUAACAACUGCACGGAUGGUGUGGGAGAACGGUAUACAGCAAAACCCCAGCAAUGUCCUGGCAAAGCCCCACAAGGCCUUCGCAUAGUCACGUCUGAUGGCAAACUGACAGCCGAGCAAGGACACAAUGUCACUUUCCUGGUCCAGUUGGAGGAGGGAGACCUCCAGAAAUCCCUUAUUCAAGUGGAUUUUGGAGACGGCAUUGCUGUGUCGUAUGCCAAUCUUAGCUCAACAGAAGAUGGGAUCAAGCACAUCUACCAGAAUGUGGGCAUAUUUCGGGUGACUGUGCUGGCGGAAAAUAGCCUGGGUUCUGACAGUGCUGUCCUCUACCUGCAUGUAACAUGCCCCUUGGAACAUGUUCACUUAUCUCUACCAUUCGUCACCACAAAGAACAAGGAGGUCAAUGCCACAGCAGUACUGUGGCCAAGCCAAGUGGGAACACUUACUUACAUCUGGUGGUUUGGUAACAACACAGAGCCACUGAUCACAUUGGAAGGAAGCAUCACAUUCACAUUCUCUGUGGAAGGAAUGAAUACCAUCACCGUUCAGGUCUCAGCAGGGAACAUCAUUCUUCAGGAUGCAAAGACUAUUGCUGUGUAUGAGCAAUUUCAAUCCCUGCGUUUAUCAUUCUCUCCAAACCUGGAUGACUACAAUCCAGAUAUCCCAGAAUGGAGAAGGGACGUCAGUAGAGUAGUCAAGAGAGCCCUGGUGGAGGCAACAGGCAUUUCAAACAAGCACAUUCUGGUCGCAGUGCUCCCUGGUCUGCCCACAUCUGCCGAACUCUUCAUUUUACCACAUCAAGAUGCCACAGGAGAAAAUAAAAGAAGAGCAGCAGACCUAGAGCAGAUUUCAGAAACACUGAUCCAGAAACUGAACCAAAACCUGGUCCAUUUUGAGUUGAAGCCUGGAGUUCAAAUCCUCGUCCAUGCUGCCCAUUUAACAGCAGCUCCCCUGGUGGAUCUCACUCCCAGUCACAGUGGUUCAGCUAUGCUGAUGCUCCUCUCUGUCGUUUUUGUGGGACUAGCCGUGUUUGUAAUCUACAAGUUCAAAAGGAAGAUUCCUGGCCUUAAUAUAUAUGCACAGAUGCAGAAUGAAAAAGAUCAAGAGAUGGUCAGUCCAGUCAGUCAGAGGGAAAGCAUACCUAAUGUCCCUCAAAGUGAGCUGAUGAGCCCUGAGCAACUAGUAGAUGAGAAGUUGGAAGUCCAGCCCAUAGAGCAACCCCAGGCCACAGUCCAGAACCCAAGGAAAGGAAAUGCAGCCAAGGUAGUCUGGACAGAGGACUUCCAAAAGGCUUGUGGAUCACCAAGAGGUUUCAAGCCAAGACCCGAAGCGGAAGUAUUUCCACAGCUGCUGAGCCCCAGAGCACAAAAGAAAUCCCUUCCUAUGUAAAUGGUUGAAUUGAGGACACCGUAUAUAUCCAUAUCUAAAAAAAAAAAAGAAAAAAAAAAAAAAAGAGGAGAGCUCACUGCAUUUGGACUUUUUAAUUCUUCAGAUGACAAAGGGUUUUUAGCUUUAAGCCUGUGCAUGUGGACAUUAUAUCAAGACCAUAGUGGAACUGCAUUGUACAGGUGUUCAGUUUUAGUGGGGGGUGGGGGGAGAGGAACUGGUACCACUAUUCACUCCUGCGACCCUUGCCCUCAUCCCGCCACUCUCUUUUUUUCUGAUCUGUCUCUAAUUUGUAGAAAAUUCAUAAUGAUAUAGGCCAAGAAAAUGCAUGGGGGUCUCUUCU